ACUAUUCUCAUCAAUACUAUCAGCAUAAAGACCCCAACCAGGUAAAUAUACUGUUCUCAUCAAUACUAUCCAUAAACACCACAACCAGGUAAAUAUAUUAUUCUCAUCAAUACUAUCAGCAUAAACACCACAACCAGGUAAAUAUACUAUUAUCAUCAAUACUAUCCAUAAACACCACAACCAGGUAAAUAUACUAUUAUCAUCAAUACUAUCCAUAAACACCACAACCAGGUAAAUAUACUAUUAUCAUCAAUACUAUCCAUAAACACCACAACCAGGUAAAUAUACUAUUAUCAUCAAUACUAUCCAUAAACACCACAACCAGGUAAAUAUACUAUUCUCAUCAAUACUAUCAGCAUAAACACCACAACCAGGUAAAUAUAUUAUUCUCAUCAAUACUAUCAGCAUAAACACCACAACCAGGUAAAUAUAUUAUUCUCAUCAAUACUAUCAAUAUAAAAAACCCAACCAGGUAAAUAUACUAUUCUCAUCAAUACUAUCAGCAUAAACACCCCAACCAGGUAAAUAUACUAUUAUCAUCAAUACUAUCAGCAUAAACACCCCAACCAGGUAAAUAUACUAUUAUCAUCAAUACUAUCAGCAUAAACACCCCAACCAGGUAAAUAUACUAUUCUCAUCAAUACUAUCAGCAUAAACACCCCAACCAGGUAAAUAUACUAUUAUCAUCAAUACUAUCAGCAUAAACACCCCAACCAGGUAAAUAUACUAUUAUCAUCAAUACUAUCCAUAAACACCACAACCAGGUAAAUAUACUAUUAUCAUCAAUACUAUCAGCAUAAACACCCCAACCAGGUAAAUAUACUAUUAUCAUCAAUACUAUCCAUAAACACCACAACCAGGUAAAUAUACUAUUAUCAUCAAUACUAUCAGCAUAAACACCCCAACCAGGUAAAUAUACUGUUCUCAUCAAUACUAUCAGCAUAAACACCACAAAAGGUGAACUAUAACACAGUCAGGGAGUACAGCACACAUACACAAUGUGCACAACAACAGUAUUGCUCUUCAGUCCCCAAAGCUAACCCAUUGACUUUAGCUUAGUGGGCUAACAAGGUCCAAGUAGUACAAGUCACUAGAAGUCAGAUAUCAGUGACGUACAUGGAACACUAUCAAUAUGGGAAUGUAUUGUUCCAUUAUACACCCGAUAGACCACCACAGCCAUAUCAGUAGAAAACAGCAGGGUAGGUACACCUCAACCUGCUUUUGGUGCUUUCUGGCUGGCUGGCUGGCUGGCUGGCUUCUCUCCUGAGAGAGACAGAGGAAGAGAGGAAGAGAGGGAGCUGCCUGUGUGGAAGGGGUGUGGUAGCUUCAUGCCAAAAUACACCCACCCUGGCUGUUACAUAACCACUCCUACCUCCCUCAAUCCCUCUCUUUCUCUAUCUCUCCCUCCCUCCUGUAUCACACCCCUCCUUUCCCUGCCUCUUUCUGUCUCCCUUCUCCCCUGUCUCUGUUCAUCCCUCCCUCUCCCUUCUCUAUUCUGUCUCCCUUCUCCAUUCUGUCUCUGUCCAUCCCCCUCUCUCCCUCUCCCUUCUCCAUUCUGUCUCCCUUCUCCAUUCUGUCUCUGUCCAUCCCCCUCUCUCCCUCUCCCUUCUCCAUUCUGUCUCCCUUCUCCAUUCUGUCUCUGUCCAUCCCCCUCUCUCCCUCUCCCUUCUCCAUUCUGUCUCCCUUCUCCAUUCUGUCUCUGUCCAUCCCCCUCUCUCCCUCUCCCUUCUCCAUUCUGUCUCCCUUCUCCAUUCUGUCUCUGUCCAUCCCCCUCUCUCCCUCUCCCUUCUCCAUUCUGUCUCCCUUCUCCAUUCUGUCUCUGUCCAUCCCCCUCUCUCCCUCUCCCUUCUCCAUUCUGUCUCCCUUCUCCAUUCUGUCUCUGUCCAUCCCUACCUCUCCCUCUUCCUUAUCCAUUCUGUCUCCCUUCUCCAUUCUGUCUCUGUCCAUCCCUCCCUCUCCCUCUCCCUUCUCCAUUCUGUCUCCCUUCUCCAUUCUGUCUCUGUCCAUCCCUCCCUCUCCCUCUCCCUUCUCCAUUCUGUCUCCCUUCUCCAUUCUGUCUCUGUCCAUCCCUACCUCUCCCUCUCCCUUAUCCAUUCUGUCUCCCUUCUCCAUUCUGUCUCUGUCCAUCCCUCCCUCUCCCUCUCCCUUCUCCAUUCUGUCUCUGUCCAUCCCUCCCUCUCCCUCUCCCUUCUCCAUUCUGUCUCUGUCCAUCCCUCCCUCUCCCUCUCCCUUCUCCAUUCUGUCUCCCUUCUCCAUUCUGUCUCUGUCCAUCCCCCUCUCUCCCUCUCCCUUCUCCAUUCUGUCUCCCUUCUCCAUUCUGUCUCCCUUCUUCAUUCUGUCUCUGUCCAUCCCCCUCUCUCCCUCUCCCUUCUCCAUUCUGUCUCCAUUCUCCAUUCUGUCUCCCUUCUCCAUUCUGUCUCCCUUCUCCAUUCUGUCUCCCUUCUCCAUUCUGUCUCCCUUCUCCAUUCUGUCUCCCUUCUCCAUUCUGUCUCUGUCCAUCCCUCCCUCUCCCUCUCCCUUCUCCAUUCUGUCUCCCUUCUCCAUUCUGUCUCCCUUCUCCAUUCUGUCUCUGUCCAUCCCUACCUCUCCCUUCUCCAUUCUGUCUCCCUUCUCCAUUCUGUCUCUGUCCAUCCCUACCUCUCCCUUCUCCAUUCUGUCCCCCUUCUCCAUUCUGUCUCUGUCCAUCCCCCUCUCUCCCUCUCCCUUCUCCAUUCUGUCUCCAUUCUGUCUCUGUCCAUCCUUCCCUCUCCCUCUCCCUUCUCCAUUCUGUCUCCCUUCUCCAUUCUGUCUCCCUUCUCCAUUCUGUCUCCCUUCUCCAUUCUGUCUCUGUCCAUCCCCCCCUCUCCCUCUCCCUCUCCCUUCUCCAUUCUGUCUCCCUCCAUCUCUCUCUCGCUCCCUCCCUCUGUCUUCAUCUCUCAUCCACCCCCUCACUCCUUGACGACAUGCAGAGGAGUCGGUUCUCUCAUUUCUGAAGACUCUAAAAAUAACAGAGGGAUGUGGGGAGAGGAGGAGAGGAGGACAGGAACUCACCGAGAGAGAAGAGGGAGCAGACUCCUGUUACGCAGCAUUUUCAGCUCUAUUCCUGUAUGAAUGUACACACACACACACACCACACACACACCACACACACACACACACACACACCACACCAACAGCAUUACACACACCACACA